AUGAUGUUUUAUUCAAAUGAGAAUAAUCAUAACACAGUAAAUUGGAGAAACAGUUUGAAUGAUUUAUCCGAUCUUGAUGAUGAUUUGGAUAAUGAAUUGCCUCUUUCAUCAAUCUCAGAUUUUGGGCACCCAAUUAAUAAUCCUACAUUUGUAAGUGCUGUUGAAAAAUGUAAAACUGCUGACUGCCAAACAGAACAAAAAAUUAAACAGGAUAAUAAAUUAGCUAAUCCAUCAAGAGCAAAUUUUGUACACCCAAUCGAUGACAAUAAAAGAAUUAAACUUGGACCUGAAAAAUAUGAAACAGUUGAUUUUGAAAUCGAACUAGAUAUUAAUCAGGAUAAUGAAUUGCCUCUUUCAUCAGUAGCAGAUUUUUUGCACCCAAUUAAUAAUCCUACAUUUGUAAGUUCUGUUGAAAAAUGUAAAACUGCUGACUGCCAAACAGAACAAAAAAUUAAACAGGAUAAUAAAUUAGCUAAUCCAUCAAGAUCAAAUUUUGUACACCCAAUCGAUGACAAUAAAAGAAUUAAACUUGGACCUGAAAAAUAUGAAACAGUUGAUUUUGAAAUGGAACUAGAUAUUAAUCAGGAUAAUGAAUUGCCUCUUUCAUCAAUAGCAGAUUUCUUGCAUCCAAUUGAUCAUAAGCUUAAAAAUAGUAAAUUACAAAAAUGUGAAACUAUUAAUGACCAAACCGAAAAAAACAACAACCACAAUGAAAAAUUAACUCUUUCAUCAAUUGCACAUUCCUUACAUCCGUUUGAUAACAAAUUCAUAGAACGUGGAACAGUCGAUUGCCAAUCAAACAAAAACAUUAAUCAUUACAACAAAUCUGAGCCAAAUAGAUUAAUAAACGACAAAGAACAGAGUACAAUUGAAAAUGAAUCAAAGACAUAUGAGUGUGAUGUUUGCGGUAAAAUUUUUCCUAAGCGUACUGAUAUAAUUAAACAUUAUAAAACUUCAUUGUGCUAUCCGGCAAUUACUUAUAUAAUUGAUAGUUUUUAG